GUGCACGAGCAAGGCACCCCCGCACAUGGCCGCUAGAUGAGAAGGGCCCACCACCGGCGACGGUGCGCCAGGUCCACGGGGUUCACGGCGGCGCCGCCCGACCCGCCUGCCAGCCGGCGGUCUGGCUGGCGAACAGCCGCGGACAGGGUGGGUGCCGGUCCCGCUUGCCAGCGGCUCUGGGCGGCGCCAAGCGGAGUCGCGGCCGGCAACUCUUCCCCCUGGGCCCACCCGCCUCCUUAUUUAGGCGAGCGGCGGCGGGUGGGCACGAGAGGCCGAGACGAGACGAGACGCCAUCGUCGCGGGAGUCGGGACAAGUCACAGGUCGACCGGGCCACCGGGGAGCCUCCGUCCGCGUCACCCCCUUCUCCUCUCCCGCGCGCCCGGGAGCUGCCGGAGCCCUCCCCGCCGCCGCCGCCGCCGCCAUGGAGGAGGCGCAGGUUGUGCAGUCAAAGGAUGGAACCAUCUCGGUUGCUGCUGCAUUUGCUGGUCAUCAGGAAGCUGUACAGGACAGGGACCACAAAUUUUUGACAAAAGCAGUGGAAGAAGCCUAUCGGGGAGUCGAUUGCGGUGAUGGAGGUCCAUUUGGUGCAGUUGUCGUCCGAAAUGAUGAAGUAGUAGUUAGCUGCCAUAACAUGGUUCUGAAGCACACUGAUCCAACAGCUCAUGCUGAAGUAACUGCAAUAAGAGAGGCUUGCAAAAAGCUAGGGAAAAUUGAGCUGUCCGACUGUGAAAUUUAUGCGUCCUGCGAGCCAUGCCCAAUGUGCUUCGGUGCAGUUCAUCUCUCUCGGAUCAAGAGGCUAGUUUAUGGAGCUAAGGCCGAGGCUGCCAUUGCCAUUGGAUUCGAUGACUUCAUCGCUGAUGCUCUGAGAGGCACUGGAUUCUACCAGAAGGCCAACAUGGAGAUCAAGAAGGCUGAGGGCAAUGGUGCUCUGAUCGCUGAGCAGGUCUUUGAGAAGACCAAGGAGAAGUUCCAGAUGUACUGAUGUUUAGCAGAAAAACAAAUCUCAUAUUUGUACAAUGCUCAUUCAGAAGGAAUAAUAAAAUGCCCAGAUUUCCAUUGCUUCAGAAAACCAUCCGUCCAAAUGUAUUAUAUUCCAAGGAUAUCCCAAUCUCAUGUAAACUUACAAGGCGGUUCUUUGCUGUAGCUUAAUGUGCAGUUAAUGGAAUUCAGUUUCUGUCA